GCCAACGAGAAAAAUAAAAGUUGGUUUGGUUUAUUUUGUCUCUUCAUACAUCCAUAUAUUUCACACAGUAGAAAUGGCUGUAGUUGAGAAACUGAGAAGUGUUAUCAACGAGCGACUAGCUGCAGCUGCCGAUGAAAUAUUUGGAGUUUUUGCUCAAGCUUUAUCAGCAUACGAGGAGGAGAUUUGUCGUCAGCGCAGAUUAUUGGAUACCGUCUUGAAGCCUCAGAUAAAGCUGCACAGAACAGAGCUCCCUCAGCAACAUGUCUGUAAUGAGGAGGAGGUUCUUACUGACCAGCAGCUCUGUAGUCAGGAAAGGAACUCCAGUCUGGACCAAGAGGACCCAGAGCCUCCACAGAUUAAAGAGGAACAGGAAGAACUUUGCACCAGUCAAGAGGAAGAGCAGCUUGAACUAAAACAGGAGACUGAUGUCUUCAUGGUGACUCUUACUGAUGAGGAAAGUGUGCACAGCGGUCAGACUUGUGCAAAAGAGUCUGUUGGCAAGCCUCAGAUAAAGCUGCACAGAACAGAGCUCCCUCAGCAACAUGUCUGUAAUGAGGAGGAGGUUCUCACUGACCAGCAGCUCUGUAGUCAGGAAAGGAACUCCAGUCUGGACCAAGAGGACCCAGAGCCUCCACAGAUUAAAGAGGAACAGGAGGAACUUUGCACCCGUCAGGAGGAAGAGCAGCUUGAACUAAAGCAGGAGACUCAUGUCUUCAUGGUGACUCUUACUGAUGAGGAAAGUGUGCACAGCGGUCAGACGUGUGCAAAAGAGUCUGUAGGCAACAUGCCAGUUUUAAGCGUUGUGGUAUCAGAAGCACAAAGUAAUCUGCAGCUCAUCUCUCACAAUUCUAAUAACGCAGGGUUAACAAGAACUGCCGAUCCAGUAAUAGACAAAAUGCAUCACAAAACCAAAAUGAACAAAAUAAACAACGCUAACUUGUCAGACAUGCAACGUAAUACUUGCACAGUGAAGAAUUUCAAAUGUGAAAUUUGUGGGAACGAUUUUAAGUACAUGUCAUUAUUGCGAAGACACAUGACCACCCACACGGAUGAGAAGCCAUAUUCUUGCCAAACAUGUGGAAGAGAUUUCAGAGAAAGUAGUUCCUUGAAGCAACACAUGCAAGUCCACACCGGUGAGAAGAAAUAUACUUGCAAAACAUGUGGAAAAAAAUUCAAAUUGAACUGUAACUUUAAGAGACAUGUGAGAGUCCACACAGGUGAGAAACCAUAUGUUUGCCUGACCUGCGGGAAAAGCUUCGCUGAGAUGUCAAAAUUAAGAAGGCAUAUGAAAGUCCACACAGGUGAGAAACCGUUUACUUGUAAAGCAUGUGGGAACAAUUUCAGACGUAGCGAUGAAUUAUUGAUCCACAUGAGAAGGAUUCACGCUGCAGAGAAGGCAUAACUUUGAAUUGCAAAGGUAUUACAUGGUUUACACCAACAAGUAGAUUUCCAUAUGUACCCACACAAGUGGCAAGGCACAUAAAUGCAGCACUUUUUUCAUCUGGAUGAAUGUUCACCAGGCAGCUACCUCUGGGACUGAGCAAUGCAACCUAUGCUGAAGAUUUAAAAAAACUGCAAUUAAGAUGCAAAUAGAUUUUUUUAUGUUUUCAACAUGUCAUUUUGUUUUGUAUAUUUAUGUAUUUUGUAGUGGAAUCAAAUUGUUUGUUAUUUUGGUUUCAAGUUGACACUCAAGCUGAAGUAAUAAUAAUAAUGAUCUACAUUGUGCUUUAAUGAAUAGAAAGGAUCGGUGCACUUAAUGCUGUGUGAUCUAAUGUAUGUAUCUAACAGUAAAGCUUUGUAUAGUGAUGAUGUACGAAUACCAGAUUCACCCUAAACGCUAAAGAUAUAAGCAAACGCUGUUCAUCCAGGCUGCUGGUAUGACUGACAUAAUAAGUAAGUGGAUGUAAGUUGUUACAAACAGUAGGUGUUUAAAUGAUAGCCACAUGGGCUUGAGUUUAAGUUAUUAUAUUAUUUAAAUAUGUUGAUUAGUUUGAUCACCGGAGUUGCCUCAUAUUGAACUUUGGUAACAGUAAUAAGAGAUUGCAUUUGAAUCUCAAGUAAGAUCUUGACCAAUUUCAAAUAAAAAACGAAAUGGUUCUCAGAUGGCAUCUUAUUGC